CGUGAGUGGUGCAGGGUUUGAGUAGCUGCUCCGUAUAUCUGUGAUUUCGGUUCAUCUACGUCAGUCUCGCACGCCAGUCUUCGUUGAGAGUGCCGAAAGUAAGUUCCACGCGUGUGGGAGCAUAAAAUAUCGGCCGACAAUCGCCACAAGUGUCACGAUUGUUGGAGACGUCCGGUAAAGUGUCGGGUGCACAUAACGUAAUGGCGAUUCGGAGUUCAACUUGUUGACUGUCAUGCUUCCAGUAGGAAGUUUCAAUGCGAGACAUUGUCCGAAGGCGUGAACCCCGUGCGUUUAUUACGAUGGAUCAUCAUCAACAAUUGGUUAGCUCGCGGCUUAACCGUUGAGCUAUCGCGUGAAGUAUCGCUCGCAUCGAAACGCGAGGUUCUCAAUCAUUUCAAAUGCAUUUCGGGAGUUCAGUCGGUUAUGGACAGAUCGCGCAGCAGUACGCACUCGCCAAAUCGCUCCGUAUUCCCGCGGUUUCGACUUGCCAUUUCGAGUGGCCAAGUCACGUUCGCGAGUUAUCGUUAGGAAUGUCGGAAGUAAGUCGUGCGUUUGAGACGAUCGAAAAUCGCCGGGCAAUCGUUGAAAAUGAACAUCUCGCGGCACGAGUCGUCCAGAUUGCCGAGUGAAGUGUCAUACGUUUAUCACGAGAUGGCAAAAUGACUCGGAGUUUGAAUUCAGUGACUUCAAGUGAAUUCAGUGAUUUCUUGACUUCGGUGUCGCGCGCCAGCCCACUGAAAUAUUUCAUGCGCGAAAUAUUGUCGGGUGUUACGAAUUCUGUACGUUAUGAUAAAGUCCCGUUGAGCAAUUGCCGAAAAUGAAUAUCUUGCAGUAUCGUUUUGUCGCCGAUAUGCCGAGCAAAAUGUCACGCGAUUCGAAUCGCUGCAUCUUCGUCGAGGUUUCACGAGUGAGAUCGUCGGGAGUGACAAAAAUAAAUCUCGCGUGUGAAAUGUCGCCGAGAGUGCCAAAAGUAAAUUUCGCGCGUUUGUGACAAAACACUGUUGGGCAAUCAUCGGAAGUGAAGAUGCUCGCGAGACGGAUUUCGUCGGAGGUGCUGAAGGGAAAUGUCGCUGGUUCCGUCGCAAUAUGGCGAAAUUGGAGUUGGAACACACUCAUCUCGUGUCUCCCGACUCAUCGUAGGAGAAACUGAGAUACACUGGCUUCUUACUCAUUCCCGGCAUCGUCGUGUAACGUCGGUGCAACGAUAAAAGUGCAAACGUUUGAUAUUGACCGGAUAAAAGUGCCGAUAGCCUAUUAAAUUAAGCAUUUCUAAAUGCUCGUUGGCUUUUAUCGCGCGCGAAACUGAAAAAGGAGACGAUAAACAGAGAGAGUAAGAGAAAGAGGGGGAGAGAGAGAGGAGUAAACACGAGAGCGAGCGAAACAAAUCCACCAGCGAUGGUGCGACGAAGAUCGACGCCCACGAGGAACGAGAGCGGCAUGCUCCGUCGCGAGCGCGCGACGGAGAGCGCCGAUUGGCUGACACGCGCGCGACAAGGACGAGGCGAGCAGGAAGAGCGGCGCGAGCAGCAGCGAGAAGCCGGCGACUUCGGGAGUACUCGGCCGCUCAGUCGGACGCGCGAUUACAGACAUACGAGACGCGCGCGCGGGACUCCUCUCCUCGAGCGAGGGCCGAGAGAGCGAUUCGAAAACGGUGAGACCACGUGCUGGCGAGGGCCGCACGCGGACCGCGACGCCGAAAACCGCAGCGGGAUCAGAGGCCGGCAGAGGUGCGCGUGCACCGACGACAGUGUGUGCCGUCAACCUACGUGCGACCUUCCGCGUGACCCUUCGGGACGAUCGUGCGCGACGCGUGUCGCACGCGGCAGACCCUUUCCACCGGCCGGUGGACGCGGAGCGCGAUUACGAUACGGCGUUUCCACCGCGACGGAAAGGAAAUAUAUAUAUAUAUAUACAUAUAUAUAUAUAUGUAUAUAUGUAUAUAUAUAUACGGGAGUGUGUGAGAGUGCGCGCUUGUCAGGUGGUGACUUGAAGUGAAUUGCGAUUCGGAGAGGACAAGUGAUCGUCCCGCGGCUGCUGCUGUUGCUGCUGUGUGCGGAGCGAGCGGACCAAGCCGGUGCGAAGCAUCGUCCAGAUGUCACGGGCGCGUCGUCGAACGGGGAACGACACGAGCGCGUAGAGGAAGAAGAGAACAAGUAAUCGUUCGGUUGUUGCUGCACGCGCGGCAGGCGCAAAGGCGGGGUAGGUCCCGGAGGUGGUUUUGGAUGUUAGAGGGCGCGGGGGUGGCUAAAGUGGCCCCGCCGUCGGAUACGGGUCCCGAUGCCGGUCCCCGUAUCGCAAACCCUCACGCUGACCACCACCCUCGUACCCAAGGAGGAGACAAACAUGCCCUUCAUAGACGACGAGCUACUCUGGUGCCCUGACAAUGACGGCAAGAUGGUGGAUUUAACCCAGUGCCUUCAGGAAAGCAACACAGGUCAAUCAGUGGAGUUCUCGCCAAUGGAGUUAAGCGUUCUAGUGGGAACGCCGGCGGCGUCGAAUGUACCGGCGGAAGAGGGCGAGGGUAUGCCCGGUGUCACAGGGGAAGAACCCUUCGACCCCCUGGAUACAUUCCUGCGGGAACUGUCGGUUGAUCUGCCCGAGCCCAGUCAACCGACCUCCACUACGACUUCCGUAACUUCCUCCUGUAGGCGGCAGAGGUACAACAUUGCUGCUGCGAAUCCUUUAUUAGCAGAAAAAUUAGCAGCGUCCUCGACGCAGGGAUCUUCGGCUUCUAUAUCGUAUGUCGCGCGGACGGAGAUCAAGACGGAGAACAUCCAACCGGAGCCGAGUAAGGUGGAUACCAGGGAAGUCCAGCCGCACGACACCGGCGAGAAGGAACAGCUGGGUCUCGCGAGCGUGAAAGUGGAGCCGGGAUCCACCAGCGCGACGACCACCAGCAGCACCGGCACUCGCCUGCUCCACGGCAUCCUCUCCCAGCAUCCCCAGCAGCACGGCUUGGGGCUGCAAAACGGAUACGGCCGGCACUUGGCCGGUCACACUCAGAUGGGCCAACCGCCUUACACCACUGCCGCCAUCGCCACUACGAGUACACCAGGAAGCGGAUCACUGCCAGCGAGCCCGGCGGACAGCGGAGUCAGCGACGUCGAGUCCAGCACGUCCUCGGGCGGCAACGAGGACGCGAAUCUCUUACUGAAAGCCAGGCUCAAUCCUAAUUCGUCCCUCCAGCCGAGUCUGGCGUCUCAUCACUCUCAUUUGUCGUCAGCACUCGGCAGAUCGGCCUGCCACAGCCCCGGCGUAUACCAGUCGACGGCGAGCUUCCUGCCGCCCUCUUAUCAUCCUCAUCAGCAUCAUCCCUCCCAGUAUCACCCGCACCGAGGGAGCUCGCCGCACCAUCAGCACAGCAACCACACCAUGGGUCCGACGAUGGGGCCGCCCCACCACCAUCAUCACCAUCAAACGCAGAGCCUCCAGCACUUGCAUUAUCGUCAGCCAUCCACACUGUCCGAGAGCUACAGCAGUUACGUGAACUCCAUGUACGGCGGAGCCAAUCAGUUCGCAACUCCCUGCACCCCGAGCCCGCCACGGGGACCCGGCGGCGUACCCACCAGCGUGAUCCAAGCGGCCACCAGCUCAGUUUCGGACGAUCUCUACCUCCUCGACCUGGGCUUCCCGCCGCGCACGAAGAAGAGCAAGCUGAAGAAGCCGCGGCAGGGUGAGGGAGGCGGCAGCGGCGCCGCGGUGAAGCGGAAGUCGCGCGAGGGCUCGACCACUUACCUGUGGGAAUUCCUGCUGAAGCUGCUGCAGGACCGGGAGUUCUGUCCGCGCUACAUCAAGUGGACGAAUCGCGAGCGGGGUGUCUUCAAGUUGGUCGACAGCAAGGCGGUCUCGCGGCUCUGGGGCCUGCACAAGAACAAGCCGGACAUGAACUACGAGACGAUGGGCAGGGCGUUACGUUAUUAUUAUCAGCGCGGCAUCCUCGCGAAGGUGGAUGGCCAACGUUUGGUGUAUCAGUUUGUCGACGUACCGAAGGACAUCGUCGAGAUCGAUUGUACAGGCGCAUGAGACAGGGGGCCGACCCGUCCCGCGGGUGAUCAUGAGGAGCAGCGACAGCAACAGCAACAGCAGCAACAGCAAUGUGACGUUUCGGCGCGAGUAUCGCGCUUACUACGUCGAUCGCCACCACUGCCGCCGACGCGGCGUCGCGGGUUCGUCGCGGAGUUGCAUCCGCGCGACAGAUCGUCGUCGAGCGACAACGGUUUUACCCGCCGAGACACGCCGACCUGGCACACCCCUCAGACGUUGUAAAAUGCGUUCUCUCUCUCUCUCUCUUUCUAUUUCUCUCUCCCUUCAUCUUUCUCUCCUUGUCUCUCUGUCUGUCUG